UGAUUUUCGUUUAAAAGUUAAAAUUAUAUCUUGUCGUACAAUGAGUAAGCUGUACAUUGGAAAUCUACCACCAGACGUCAGUGAAUCUACGCUGAGGAAGCUUUUCGUCGAAAACAAUCUUCCUUGCAGAGCGAUCAUGAUAAAACGAGGAGGUUAUGCCUUUGUGGACUGCAUGGACCAAUCGACUGCGGACAAAGCUAUCGACAAAUUCAACGGAUGUAACUUCUUCGGGACGCCUCUCCAAGUGGAACCGUCAGUCGUUGGUGCUGCUACUCCUGGAAAGAAACCCGGAAACACCAAUGAUUUUGUAGAAAUAACAAUUGAAGAUGAAGAUAAAUGACUUU